AUGUCCUGGUUCAAGAAAGAUAAAAACAAGUCCCUAAUUCCCCCAGUUGACGCCGCGCCUCCAGCGAGAGCACCAUCGUCGGCUAGUUCGUCUGCUCCACCCUCCUAUCGAUCUACAACAAAUACGUACAUCGCCAGCAGAGAUGGUGACCUCUCGGAUCCGAGAGCCCACGGGAAAUCCUAUGGGCAAUACUCCUACAAAAACCGUAAUGAGUACGGUGUCCAGGGCGGCGUCUCCGACCCGUAUGCGCGUGGCGAGCGUGACAUCGACACGGAUCGAAACGCACUGUUCGCUGGCUCAGCUCCUCCGAGUGAAGGUCGAACCAAUAAUUUCUACGAUGGGCCCCCUAGCAACAGACCCGCUCCUCAACCGGGACAAGAAACUGAAGAGGAUGUUGACGAGGUCAUUAACAAGACAAGAUGGCUCAAGCAAGACACGGUCCAGACCACCCGUAAUGCUCUUCGUGUCGCUCGCGAAGCUGAGGAAACCGGAAGAGCGACAUUGCUCCAGCUUGGUGAUCAGUCAGAGAAAAUCGCGGAUACCGAGCGCCACAUUGAUGUUGGCAAGGGUGCUGUGAUACGUGCUGAAGACAAUGCGGAUGAAAUCAAGAAGCUGAAUCGCUCGAUCUUCAUUCCAGCGAUCACCUUCAACAAGGAUGCAAAGAGGUUGGCUCAAGAGCGUAAACGCCAAAUGAGGUACGAUGAGGAGAUGACCGAGCGCGAACAAGCGAUGACGGACCUUCGCGACUCACAAAACCGUGUUGGAAGGGGCGCUACGUUUGGACGUAGCAUAAGUGAUGAUGGCGAAGGCAUCGGUGGCAGUAGACGCCAGUUGACUUCUGCACAGCAGGCCUUGCGCAAGGAGGAAAGGAAGAGGUACCAGUUCGAAGCGACGGAAUCUGAUGAUGAGAUGGAAGAUGAGAUUGACAACAAUUUGGACGAAAUCCUGGAUGCGACGAAGCGCAUGAAGGCCCUUGGCCUUUCCAUGGGAUCAGAACUGCAGGCACAAAACCAACGCCUUGUGAGGAUUGCUGACAAGGCUGAUAGGCUUGGAAACAAGGUCGAUCUGAACACGUCCAAGUUGAACAGGAUUGCUCGGUAAUUUACUGCAGCUGUAAGGAACGUUCUGUUCAGAUGCUUUACAAGGACAAUAACAUUGGGUCAUUGGAGGAUUCUUCGUUCGCCACGUUUCUCUGUAUACACUUAUGCAAUCGAAUUGGAGUUUUGUUUGUGGAUGCGUUUACUUUUGAUUUUAACUCGAAAAUAAUAGUGAGUUUGCCG